GCGCGGGGGACGGAGCGGGAGACGCGGUCGCGACGGUUGCAGCUCCCUCGGCGGCUCCGGGAUCGGCGCCGCUCGGGUCCCGCCAACCCGGAGCCCCUCGGGAAAGGUUUUGCUGUGGGAUAUUUUGUCAUUAUGAGAUGUCGUCUACCAGUGCUUCAUUUGUGCAAAUUAAAUUUGAUGACUUGCAGUUUUUUGAGAACUGCGGUGGAGGGAGUUUCGGGAGUGUCUACCGAGCCCGAUGGAUUUCUCAGGACAAGGAGGUGGCAGUAAAGAAGCUGCUCAAAAUAGAAAAAGAGGCAGAAAUACUCAGUGUGCUCAGUCACAAAAACAUCAUUCAGUUCUACGGAGCUGUCAUUGAACCUCCAAACUAUGGCAUAGUUACAGAGUAUGCUUCUGCUGGCUCACUGUUUGACUACAUUAAUAGUAACAAAAGUGAAGAGAUGGAUAUGGAUCAUAUCAUGACCUGGGCAACUGACAUAGCUAAAGGAAUGCACUAUUUACACAUGGAAGCUCCAGUGAAAGUUAUCCACAGGGACCUGAAGUCCAGGAAUGUUGUUAUAGCUGCUGAUGGUGUGUUAAAGAUCUGUGAUUUUGGUGCUUCAAGGUUCCACUCCCAUACGACACACAUGUCAUUAGUGGGCACUUUUCCAUGGAUGGCCCCAGAAGUUAUUCAGAGUCUUCCAGUGUCUGAAACAUGUGACACAUAUUCGUAUGGAGUGGUUCUCUGGGAGAUGCUAACAAGGGAGGUCCCCUUUAAAGGCUUGGAAGGAUUACAAGUAGCUUGGCUUGUAGUGGAAAAAAACGAGAGAUUAACCAUUCCAAGCAGUUGUCCCAGAAGUUUUGCAGAACUGAUGCAGCAGUGUUGGGAUGCUGAUUCAAAGAAAAGGCCAUCUUUCAAGCAGAUCAUUUCAAUCCUGGAAUCUAUGUCAAAUGACAGCAACCUUCCAGACCAGUGUAACUCAUUCCUGCAUAACAAGGCGGAGUGGAGAUGUGAAAUUGAGGCAACCUUAGAGAGACUAAAGAAACUGGAGCGUGAUCUGAGCUUUAAAGAGCAGGAACUAAAGGAACGGGAGCGACGUUUGAAGAUGUGGGAGCAGAAGUUAACUGAACAAUCAAAUACUCCUUUUUUCUUACCUCUUGCUGCAAGAAUGUCUCAGGAGUCUUACUUUGAAUCUAAAACAGAGGAGUCAAACAGUGCAGAGAUGUCUUGUCAGAUCACAGCAACAAGUAACGGGGAGGUAGCUGGCAUGAACCAAAGUCUGAAGGCCUUGAUGAUGACGGGCUUUGGGGAUAUCUUCUCUCUGAACCAAGCAGGAUCUGUCCUGCAUUCUGGAAUGCAGAUAAACAUGCAAGCCAAAAAGAAUUCUUCUAAAACCACCUCUAUGAGAAAAGGGAAGAAAAUCAACAUGGCUUUGGGUUUCAGUGAAUUCGACUGGUCAGAUGACGAUGAUGAUGAUGAUUUUGACGACACAGAUGAUAGCGGUGAAUGAAAUAAGUUAUAGAAUUAACCCUGAAAUUGUUUUAGCAAAGCAAACCAAUAAAGUUUUAGAACAAGAAUCCUGUCAGUUUGGUCUGUUUAAAUCCUGUAAAAGAACAACAAAAAAACAACAAAAAAAGUGAGAUAUUUUCCAGGCUGAGCAUGUUUCUGUGUAGAAAGACAUGUUGUUUUUGUUUAGAUUGUGCUGACUUAUUUCUGCUUUGAUGAAAUUUGGAACUAAACUUUCCAAACUAAUGGAGAUUAUUAUUAUUAAGAACCAUGAUUAUAUCUAUAAUUCUUGAUGCCUGAUUACAGAAACUAUGGCUUGAUAAACUUAAGAUCUAAAAAAAAUGGGAGAAACUUCAAUGCAUUUAAUGCCAUUUAUGUACUUCAAAUUUUUCUUUUGUGUUUUUUGUCAUUUCCCUUACCCCCUCAGUUGUCAAUUAUAUGCAUAUACUUGUACUUCCAGAUUUACUAUUCUCUACAAUCCAUUCUUUCUUACUGUUGCAGUGAAGGGGUUUGCUGUGUUUCUAAUUUAAGGCCUUUUUCAAGGCAGUAUUGUGGGAAGUCACUAAUAGGUUUCCAGGAAGAGAGAAGCAUGGGGAGAAGAGAGGGGUUAGUUAAAUACACAGUUUAAAAACUGAAUAGCAGCAGAAUCCAGAUAAUCCCUAUUAGUAGAUGAUUUGUAUAAAUGUUUUUUUUCCCCUCACGUGUAUGUGCAUGUGUAUAUAAUUCACUCUAGCAAAGCAAACUGCAAUCAGACCUCUGCAUCUAUUAUCAGAUAUUGUGAUCUAGAAGCUAAUUUUCAGUUAUGUUGAUGUAAAUCCAGGAAGCCUCAUUAACUUUGAUGGACUUAUUCUUAUACCUGAGAGCAAAAAUCAGUGUUCGUAAAUUUUGAUUCUGUUGCAUCUCCUACCCUUAGGUAAGGACUAAAGGUACCCUUAGGUAAGGACAAAGAGAAGCCACUAUGACAUUUCAGGUUGGGCCUUACUACUGUGGCUUAUGUGAAAUUCUCUGUGAUGGCAGUAAUGUGAGGAAUAUUUACUAGUCUCUGCAUACCUGUUUUUUGCAGCUAAAUCACUUUUAAAGUAUUGCCACUGCUGUUAUGGCUUACUGUAAAACUCAGUGUGUAACAAUCUGCUGCAAUAAUUGCCUGCCAGGCACUUAGGUUGAGAGCAGUGAGGACGUUUCUCCUGAUGACCCCUUUAGUGGUGAUGCAGAAGGAGGGAGGGAAGCCAGUGCGAACACUGAUGCAGGUUAGAAAGGAAGAUGUAAAAUAUUUGCCCAAGGAAGAAGGGCAGCAUUUCAAAAGAAAAAUGUUACUGUGCAGUUCAGUAGUAGUGGGAAUAGGCCAUCAAAAUUCUAUUCUCAAUUACUGGAGGGGUUUCUUUUAUGAAAACUUCUGGUUUUGAGUGGCCUCUUUAAUUAUAGGCUUGCCGGUUACACAGCUCUAACCUACAUAUUAUGGUGAGUGUUUUGUAGAUAGCUUAGAGAAAAAUGGAUACAUUAGAUAACAGCAGGCCUCAAAUCAUUACAUGCUCACUCAACAGAAGAGAAGGUUCUUUGAAGGAGUUUUUCUAGAGUGGACACCUCUUUGGGUCAUCAGAGAGAAUUGUUUUAUCCUUAAGCAUCAGCACUGGUCCGGUAACCUGCAAGGCAGCAAGUGCUGUGCUUCAAACUUCAAGCUCAGUUUGCACAGAAUUAGACCCUCCACGAUGCUUAACUUCUGUAGGAUGUAAUUUAAUAUUCUUCCAAACAGUUACAAAUCCGUUGACUUGCAGUUAGCCCUCUUGUAUCCAGAAUGUUUUUUCAUAACAAAAUUGUACUUUAAAUGAUGCAAUAAAUUUAUGGAGUAUCCCAGGGAGAAACUUACUCCUUCAGCACAGGUAGGGGUGACUUCUUAGGUCCAUCAAAGCAACCUGAUUUUAGGGAGAAAAAGGGACAUGAAAGGGCAAAGUAUGAAAUGGAAAGAAGAGCAAAAAGGCUGUUUCCAGUGCAGAUUUGUACUAUUUUUGUAAGUCUAUGUCUGCUAACACCCACAGCAAUGUUACUAUUUUUGUAACUGCCACUUUGCACUCAGCAAAAUUUGAUGGAUUUGUGUAGUGUAAUAUGUGCACUUUAGAUCUUAAGAUGUGUGUCAUUGUGCAUAAAUUACUGUACCACAUAAGCAGUGUAGGGUUGUACAACUGAAAAUGAAAUUUGGUUCAGUACAAUUUAGGAUUCAAAAAAGCACAAAAAAUCUGUCCCUGGCAGAUUUUGCACUUUUUUGGUGUUUGACAGUGUCAGAGCACUUCAUGCACAUUUCUAUUGUAUGGCUUUUAACUGAAUUUGUAAAUCCACUCUUUAAUCUUUACAGAAAUAAAAAUAAUUCUUAAGUAGUAUGACACAGGGUUUCAUAGUUGCAAAACCACAAGGUUUAAGUCUGUCUUCAGAGUUUUGUGCUUACCCAGGUGUGUAAUUUAUGUCAACAAAAUAUCAUCAGAAUUUGGUAGUGUGCUUAUAGAAAUUUCUACUCUGUGCUUAGUUUCAGUAUUUUUUAAUAAAACAAAGAUGGAUUUUUCCCUCUUUGCCUUUCUUUCCCCAUGUUAUUUGUCAAAACAAAUUAAGCUAUAUCAAGGGGAAAAAUAAACCCUUAUAAAACUUCCCCAUGCUUUCAAGAUAGCAAAGGUAGUCUCUGAAUUGUAGAUAAGAUGAUAACAUAAGAUGACAAACUCUUCUGAUGCAGUUCCCCUAACAUAGGGUUAUACUUAGGAUAUUGGCUGUGCUCACUAAAAAAGUAGUGGUAUUGAUUGCACUUUUACUUUCCUGUGAUGACUUUCAUGCCAGAUGUCUUCAGUUUACAAACCAAAAGUCAUAUGUGAGAAUCAAGCUGUGUUGUUUCUGUCUCUGAAAUGCUUUUCACUAGAUAAAGGCUUUGAAAGUGGCUCUGGUGGGCAGGUAUGGUGGUUGGAGGAGCUCAGAAUAUUUCAUCUUCCACACUGAUUUUUAUCUGCAUGUAUUCCAGUCCACCUUCUACCUGUAUCAUCACCAGGUUGUAUGAGUCUUCUCAUUUUUACCCGGCUGCUGUAAUGCCAGCAUUGACUUAGGUGGGUAAAUGGCCUGAGAGAAGAAUGGGAAGAAUUGACUUUUGCUUAAAGAUGUGGGGUCAGCUGGGACCAAGACAGGAUGCCCAACUCCUUUUCUUUUCCUUCAGCAGUGGAGAAAAAAUGGAAAGGGGACUUAAUGGAGGAAAACUUUUGAUCUAGCAAUUUUUGUGAUAAUGACACCAUUAAUUCCUCAGAGUAGCAAGUGUCUUAAGAUACAGUGUUUAGGUGUGCUGCAUCCCCAGCCAGGUGUGUGCUGCCUGACAUGGAGCUUGUCCCCUCUAGAUGGAAAGGGCUUCCUGGGGGUGACAUCUGGCGCAGCCUCUUGUCGUACAGUCAUGUUCUUGACUUGUCAUUUGUUUAUCGUUCCAGAGGUUUUCUUAGAUGUUGAUUCCCUUUCCUUCUGGGUUUUAGAGUGUCUAUUCUGAUUUAAAUAUCUGAUACAAUAAUGAUUGGUGUUGCUCUCAGCAGUAGCAAUAAAUCCAUGGUGUCCAUAUAGCUGUUAAGUAUGCAGCAGUGUUUCUGUGUGUCUUUAGUGCUGUAGUUCCUUUUCUGUAAUCAGGCAGCUUUUACAGGUUUUUAAGAAGACCUCUAACUUGACAGAGGUUUUAACUACAGUCCUAGGUAGAACGUUCAGGUAGAAAAAGUAAGUUCAUAUAGUAAUUUUCACAGCCCUUAAAAUGCACUGGUAGGAAUCUGGAGGAGGGACCUUUCCCCUUUCCUCCAGACUUCGACUUAGUGUACACUGUAAAAUCUGCACAGAGAUUUCUGAUGUGUGAAGAUUUAAUUUUAAAACUGUAGAACAAACAACUUUCUUUAAACAUUUUAUAUGGUGUGCUAAAUAUUCAUAUGCCUUUUAAAGUCAGAUAUAGUCCACUGCAUUUCUUGCUUUUGCACUACUGAAGAAGUUUUGUACUGAAUAGUAGGAGUCAAUGCUACUUACACUUCGAGUUUGAACUGAUGGAAUUUGAAUAGAAAAUAUUUUCACAGUGUUAGAAAAUUUCAUUUUCCCUUCUGAAAAAGCAAAGCUGAGCGCAGCGCCUAUGCCAAGACUCUUGUGCUGUAAACUAAAUAUAUCAUUUGUGUGGAACAUGCAAUGUUACACUUUUGUGUGGUAAAACCUUGCAGUGUCAGUUAUUCUCUUUAUUGCACUUGACAUACCAUCUCUUGUUUUAUUCACACUGUGGAUUUGAUUUUCCAGUGUAAAACCAAAGCAAACAAACAAAAAGAAAUCAUGCAAUGUAUUAAAUUUCCUCAAUUGGUGUCAUAAACUUUCUUUUGAUGUGAACUUUUCCUUUGCUGCUCUUUGUUCCAAUCUUCUAUUUUGCAAUAAACAUUUUGACAGUAAAUUUUA